UGUGUGUUUGAUUACGGCUGACGACUAUAGCUAUCACUGGCGACAAAGACGGUGAUGACGAUGAUGCAGUAGUGCUGGUGUCAGGCAACCAGUGGGUGUGAGGAAAAAAAAAGUCCAAAGAAUCGAAAUCGAAGAGUGAAAAAUUUGCACCGAAAACCUGUCCGGCAUCGCCGUGGUAGUCGUCGCCGUCGGCGGCGAGGAAAGUGUUUGGGAAAAUUUUAACCGAGGCCGAAAAUAUUGACGGGAUGAGGCGUGUGUGUGCCGUAAAAAUAACUGGUCAAUGAUUUGGAGCCGUGGGUGGACCUCUCCUCGACGAACGUGCCGUGGCUGGUUGGCUUUCAAGUAAUCCAUCCGACUGAAGUGGAAAUCAGAACCCAUGAAUGCAUUUGGUGGAAGGAAAAUCAGUGUGAAUAAAAGGGAGAACAGUUUUUCACUGCCCGAGUCGCGUCCAAGUGGAAAUGUCUGUGGAAAAACUUCGGAAAAUUGAUUGAUUCGCGGUGAGAAGUUGGAAUCGCGUCGAAAACAGAAAGAAUAAGCAAGUCGGAGAGGAAGCAUCCAGAGACCGUCUCAUUCUCCGGACAUUCCUAGCUGGCCUACGAGUGUGUCUAUAAUUUGCCUUUAUUGGUGUAAUUUAUUUCUUAUCUUGUGUUUUUUUUUUGAGUUAAGCCUUCUGGCUGGUGCUGGCCGUUUUUUUUUUGUGUUCAUUCGGUCGUCUUUAAAGCAAUCACACAAAGAGCUUCAGUCGUCGUUCGUCGCAAAUUGAAUGCAGCUGCCUCUCCUCCGGUUGAUGCAGCAGGAAAUCUUUGUUAUUCUGAUUCUGAGUGAAGGCAUCACGACGACGACGACGACUUACAAAUAAGUUGCUUCCAAUAGCAGUGUGCAGUGUUUCCUUGUUUGGCUGGUGCGAGGCCAAAGUUAGCGACCGUGAAAUAUCGACACAUCCCCGAGGAGUCACUACUAGAAUCUAGUAGCACACUGAUCGUCACCCUGAUGGGAUAGAGAUUUAAUCUACCAUCUUCCGAAGAAUUUAGCCAAUACAACAGCAAACAUCGCUAAUUUCUACCAACCAUGGAUUGGAUCAUCAAUGACGAGCUCGGUCUGACGGUGGGCCACGUCGUGGGCUAUGUGUCCGCUUCGUUUAUGGUCGUCGGUGGAGUGCUGCCGUACGUGCCGCAGUACAAGCAGAUCAAAAAGACCCAGGAUCCGGAGGGGUUCUCGCUGCACGUUUGCCUAGCGCUGCUAAUUGCCAACACGUUGCGAAUCCUGUUCUGGUUUUCCAGCCGGUUCGAGAUUCCCUUACUGGUGCAAAGUGUCGUAAUGAACCUAACCAUGUUCUUAAUGAUUCACCUGUGUGUGACGGUGCGGCGUAACAAUGCCAUCAUGCGGACGCGGGAGCGAGUUUUCUCAGGAGACGAAACGCUGCUGGAAGCCCGAGAGUCUAUAAAUAAAGCCAUCGAAGAGCACAGCAAGACCGAUGGUGUAAUUAGCAAUCGAGCUGCGGCGGCGACGACGACGGUGACGAUGGCAGAAGGAGCUGCUGGGAAGUUGACCAACAGUACCACUAUCGGGAUUGUGUCCACACUGCCACCAUCCGGGGUCGGGGGUGGAGCGGCCAGCGCUCCGGGGAGUCUGAAGAAAUCACGAUCCCGGCACUAUAUUGUUGAUUUUGACUCGCGGUACUUUUGGAACUGGACCGACUUCCAGUCCUAUCUGGACUUUAUGCUGGUGGUGUGGGUCGUCGGGGCGGCUGUCACCUACCUGAUGCUGUCCGUGACCUGGUUCAUGGAAACCGUUGGCUUCCUGGCAGUCUUCACCGAAGCGAUGUUAGGUGCACCGCAAUUUCUUAGAAACUAUAAGAAUAAGUCCACGCACGGUAUGAGUAUUUGCAUGGUGAUCAUGUGGACCGCUGGUGAUAUGUUCAAGACUGGUUACUUUAUCUUAAGGAAUGCACCGACGCAGUUCUGGAUCUGCGGAACCCUGCAGGUCAGCCUCGAUCUAGCCAUUCUGCUGCAGGUGUACAUCUAUCGGAAGAAUCCACCGCGUAGCACCCAUCGCGGCGACUAGCAGUUUGCCCCUCAGAAUAUUCAGAACGGCACCAACCAUAGCAGUAACAACAAUAACAAUAACAACCUUAACCAUCACACCAACACCGGUAUUACGAAAAUCAACAGCUACACCCAAACGGUUCCAAUCCCCACCCAGCGGAUUUUGGGCAAUGCCAAAAUCAACCGUUCCUCAGGCCCAUCAGCCGUGAUGGCCUACUCGUCUUCCCCGGCGGAUUCGUCCUUCUACAGUUCCAUGAUGCAAACCGACGGUUCGCUAUCGCUGAAGUCCACGAUGACACCGCAUCGCCAUAAAGUAGGUUCCCGCUACCAACAUUCGAAGUCGCACUCGAUAUCCGGCUCGAGGGAAGCCACACCGGUGCGGAUGGUUGCGAGCACGACCAGGCGCGCCAAUUCGGAGAGGUUUGACCGACAGAAGACUGCUUCGCUGCCUUUGCCCAAGCGAAGACAGCUCAGUUUGAGUGCCAAUUACUCCGGCGGCGGAGAUCCUGCGGUGGAUGACGAGAUUGUUGAACGAGAGCAAGAGACUAUUGUGGGCUCGGCGCAGCGGAGAGGGCGGGGAAAUGUUCUCAACGAGGACGUGUACAAUUUGAGUGUUGCGGGGGACAACUGUUCGUUUGUAACAAUCACCGGGAAUGCUUUUAGCAAUCGUCGAGAUUCCAAUUGUACGUUAAAUAGCAAUAGCUACAAGGAGCAGUACAUUCUAGGUAGUAACUAUAACAAUAAUAUCAACCGGCACAGUCAGGAGCAUCACGAUGCUAUGCUGCUGUCGUCAACGGUGGUGCGGCUGAAGGAUAGGGCCGAAGGGCAGGAGGCUAGGGGACUAGGAGAGCAAACUGUUGCUCCUGGGAAAGGGAAAGAGUGUGAAGUGAGUUUGCAAGUGAAGCCGCACCACUAUGAAACGAAUUCGAAAUCCCUGGAGGAUAUCUUAUGACGACACGCAGCGCUGGUCCUGUGGCCAGUGCUGAGACGCGAGCAAAUAUUGAAGCUCGAAGAGAUGGAAUCAAAGCAACAGCCUUCGGCGACAUCGACCAUAUCAAAUAAUGAAUCUCGUACGAUGAGGUCAGCCGAGACACAAACCGAACUGCUCGAAUGCAGCGGUGACGAGGGAGCCAGCAGCGAGGAUGUUGUAAGUGUGAAUGAUGACGAGCUCGAAGUGAUCUCAACGCGUCCUCUUCCGAAUGAGGAAGCAUCAAAGCAUGGAACGAGCGAACAAGAUUACGACGACGACGAUGACGACGAGGAUGAUUAUGACGAGGAAAUCCUUGGGGAGAAUGCUAAGCUGAAGACGAUCAAACGGUUGAACUGUACCAAUUUGUUCAACUUCAACAAGCUGGAACUGUUGAACGAACGCUGCUCGGUGGUGGGCACCGGUCAGCAGCAAAUCAGCGAUAGCAGUCGGAAUCUGUGCGAGCAUGAAAUGCACGUGGCCAUCGACGAAGACCUGGGGCAGGCCGCGGCAGCAGGAGAGGGAAAACGGACUAGGGAGGAGUCGGCGGCUGGUUCCAGCAGCAGUGCGGUCAUCUUCAUCCAGGAGAGUCCGGAAGUGAUAUUAUAGCAGUGGCAUUUCUCUUUUUAUUUUAGAGUCGUUAUUUAUUUUUAGAACUACGUAUAGAAAGAGAAAUAUUAUUGUUAGUGAGA